AUGGGUCAGUUCCGAGUUCCGCUGUCAGGUGGUGAGAAGCGCGUAGUUGCGGUCUGGGCGAGCGAGUUGAUUUGUCUGUGCACACAAGUCAGACCCAGGAACCAGAUAAAAUAGACGACGAUGACAAGAUGAGUGUCGACAAGAUCGAGGGCCAGCAGCAAGAGCCUGGAGCGAAUCACAAAAUGUACACGCGUAUGACUGCAGGAGCAGAUUCGAAAAUUUCUUCGCUGCUGCCUUUGAUUAACAUUGAUGCCGACAACUAUAUGCUGCGAGGAAUCGGCCGACCGGCCUCAAUAAAUCUUUUGCCAACGACGGACCAACCAGUCCCUCUGGACAACGCAGCGGCUGAUGUUGCCGGUGCCGGUACCUUGGCCGUCAUCGUCAACGGUUAUGCCGAAAUGGAUCAUCUCAAUGGCGAAACGGUCUCUAAUGCGAGAACUAGCGGCACCCCGCCGUCUACCGCGAAGAGGGACCUCACCGAACUGUUUUGGAGUUCCGACAAGGACGUCAUCCCUACGGUUCCGGGUGUUGAUAGUUGCGCUCGUAUAUUUUCGUUCCACCAAAUCCUUUGCACUUGUGAGAUGUCUUGUUGCUGUAAUUGCGGACCUCUUUGUUCCUCAGAUUGCCACGCUUGUUUCCACAACUAUUGUGUUCGCUUUUUUUCCAACCACGUUUGCCAGAAGGACAACGAAGCGUUACCCCCCGUUACACUAGACUACGACAAGCCCGUUUCUGAAUGGUCGUCAUCGAACGUUGUAGAAUGGAUAGCCGCCGUCAAUCUGUAUCCCUAUUCGGAUGUCUUCAGAUGCAAAGACAUAAAAGGCUCGGAUCUCAUCCAUUUGGAUCGCGAAAAAUUAAUUGGAAUGGGCAUAAAAGAUGAGUUCCACCAAAAAGCCAUAUUGUCGUGUAUCGACGAAUUGUUGAACAAACCGGAGGACAAUAAAUCUCUAGGACCCGAAUCGGGGGAAUGUAGCACGUCGAACGGCUACCCCCACAAUUUAACUCAGCAUAGUUUUAGUUCUCUCGAGAGAUGUGAUAAAUGCAACAAAUACCUUCGUGGCCUUUUACAUCAAGGUUUCAUAUGUCAAGACUGUGGCUUGGUCGCUCAUCGGACUUGUGCCGCGACCGGCCUCCCCUCUUGCACCCAUCGUCCCAUGGACGACGGCAGAACCCAUUUCCUCCAGUUUAAAUCGUAUUUCGGCCAGGGGCUUUGUAUGCAGUUCAAUAUUGCAGAAUCACCCGCUCCCAGUCUUCUCAUAAAGUGCGCGUCGGAACUCGAGGAGAGGGCUAAGCGAGACGAAACGUUGGAGCUCUACAACUUGUAUUGCGCGACACCGCCUUCGGACCAGGUACAAAAACUUUGCAAACAAAUCGACGCCGAUUUUAAGAGCGUAGACUUGUCUCAAUACGGUCCUGUAACGAUCGCUGGCGUUUUCAAAAAGUAUUUGCGAGAAUUGCCGGACCCCUUGAUACCAGUCCAGUGGUACGAUAAAUUUCUGGAAGCGUCGAAAAAACGAAACGACGAAGAAUGCACGUCCGUUUUGAGGCAACUGAUUUUGGAAUUGCCGGAGCACCACAAAUACACCUUGAAGUUUAUCAUGAGCCAUUUGUGUCGGAUAUGUCAGAUGGAGUAUAUGAGGGGCAACAAAAGUCCGCCGACGGUUCUUAUUCAAGUUAUGUGCCACAUUUUUCUGAGACCUCCUUGGGAACGUAUCAUUCAAGUAGUGUACAACACGCAGGCGCAUAAUCGAAUCGUCGAGAUCCUUCUGUUGCACUGCGAUUGGGGUGAACGUUUGCCCGAAUUCGCUUCGGCACCGGCGAUUCCUCCUAGAAAGGUGUCAGGUCGUAUGGGUCGUCUUCCGGAAUCCAGUUCCUCGAUGGCGGAAAAAGAUCGAACGAACAGCGUGUCUCUACACGACGCGGAAUGGUAUUGGGGCGACAUAAAGCGCGAAGAAGUGAACGAAAUGUUAAACGACACGGUAGAUGGAACUUUUCUCGUAAGAGACGCGUCUAGUAAAGGUGGCGAAUACACUUUGACCCUUAGGAAAGGUGGUGCCAACAAACUAAUAAAAAUAUGCCAUCGGGACGGGAAGUACGGUUUCACGGAGCCGUUUAUUUUCAACUCCGUGGUGGAGCUGAUCAACCACUUCAGGACCGUUUCCUUGUCGCAGUACAACACCUCGUUAAAUAUUAAACUUUUAUAUCCGGUCACGAGAAGCAGCCAGGAGGAGGAGAUGGCGAAAACGGAGAAAAUCGAAAACCUCGCGGAUCGGCUGGCGAAAGUGAACACGAGUCUGUUGGAGAAGCAAAGGGAUUCGGAAAGGGUGUCGAAGGAUUUCAACGAAACGUCGCAAGAAGUGCAAACCAAACGGCACGCGUUGUGCGCUUUGAAGGAACUCGUCAAGGUGUUCCAAGAGCAAACGCUCAUCCAUCAGAAAUACCAAAUCGAAGCGCAGCCGCACGAGAUCAAAAGUUUGGAAAUAAAUUACGAUUUGCUCAAAGAACGGCUCUCUAUGAUGAACGAAAGUUGCGAACAGCUGGAAGAGAUCUUGCAACGCAAGGAGGCUUACAAUAGGACGCUGGAGAGGGAAUUGACCUCGUUGAAACCGGAGAUACACAGUUUACGCAGAGAACGGGAGAAAUGCAUUAGGUGGCUGCAACAACGUGGAUACUCGUCGGCCAAAUUAAAUCAAAUCCUGAAUCGGAAUAUCGAGGAAACGUCCGGGGAGGUGGAAAUCGACACCGACACUUUGCCCCACAACGACCCCAACACGUGGUUGAUGUUGCACUGUUCGCGUUUGGACGCCGAAAAAUUGUUGGAAGGCAAACGAGACGGUACAUUUUUGAUUCGAAAGUCGAGGAAUCUAUUCAAAUACGCACUGUCGGUGGUGUGCAACGGUAGCGUCAACCACUGCAUCAUCAACGAGACGAAUAAAGGGUUGGGGUUUACCGAACCGUACAACAUAUACCCGACGUUGAAAGACUUGGUUUUGCAUUACGCCACCAAUUCGUUAGAAAUACACAACGACCUUUUGAAUACGGUUUUGAAGUAUCCGAUCGGUGCCACGCAAGCCGGCUACGCGGCCCGCGAUAAUGUCUACGUGUAUUAAAUUAGCAAAGUCAUGUGAUAAGAAAUGCUGUGGUGACUGUCGAUUCCGAUUUUGUGAUGAAUUUAAAUUAAAGCAGAGUUCUAAAAAACAAGUUUCACUUACAUUUCGAAAGUUAUUUACGCUCGGGAUCGAUUUAUGACGUCGAUAGGUAUAAAUCGUUUGCCAGGAUUUAAAUUGACUGUGAUAGUGUACUAAAGAGUUUAAACAUUGAAACUACAUAUAUAUAUAUAUAUAUAUAUAUAUAUAU